AUGUUUCUCUCCUUCCUGUCCCGACCGACUUUACAAUCACGGUCAUUGCUGCACGCAAAGGGCUCUAGAACACGCAUUGGACCCUCGCUGCCUCAGAUCUUUAGCCGUCUACGAUCCGCACUCGCACCGCGUCGAGUAAAAUGGCCACGACAGCACAAGGGCCGCGUUCACAUCCCCGUCGGUGGUAGCACAAAGGGUACGACACUCGCAUUUGGCGAUUAUGGCAUUCGAGUGCGUGGAAUGGGCAAGCGUGUAACGGCAAAACAACUCCAGGUCGCAGAGGCCGCUAUGCGACACAAGACCAAGCUCAUCAAGGGCUCAAAGAUUCACAUGAGGAUAUUCCCAGAUAUGCCAGUUGGUGUUAAGGGAAACGAGACUCGAAUGGGUAAAGGAAAAGGAGGUUUCGAGUAUUGGGCGAAAUGGGUUUCGACAGGAAAGGUCAUGUUCGAGCUGCAGUCACCAAAGGGCGCGCUGAUCGACAAGGAGAUUGCAAAAAGCAUCUUGAAACUGGCACAGCGAAAGCUGCCUGUCACCACCGACUUUAUCACCAAAUCGACACCACCGCGAAUAGGAAACAUGGACGUACUCCCUGGCGUUCCUGUCAAGAUGCCUGGUCCCGAGUUUACAUGCACCCGGAACACAGAGGGCAUCCAGAACCAGCCGCGCUGCUAG